CGUUGCAUCGCCAGAAAGAUUGAAGCUGAAAAGGUCCAAUGCCUUGUUCUUUUUGGCACGCAGUCAGGGACUGCCCAGACCAUCGCCGAAAAGCUGGCCCGAGAGGCACACGCGAGGUUUGGUCUGGAAUGCCUUCUCGCUCCCUUCGACGACUAUGACUUCAACAACAUGUGUAAAAUAUCAGCGGACACUUUAGUAUUGCUGGUAAUGGCUUCCUAUGGCGAUGGCGAGCCUACAGACGACGCCUGCCAGUUCUACAGUCUCUUGACCGGCGGGUCGUCGUGGCUCGAUGAGCCUGGAGGCAACGGGCUCGGCAACCUGAGAUUUGGAGCAUUUGGACUUGGGAACAGCACCUACACCCACUACAAUAAGGUGAUGCGACGAGUCAACGAUCAGCUGCUUGCGAGCGGCGCCCAGCGGCUGGGUGCUCUGGGCGAAAGCGAUGACAGCAGGGAGACUCCAGAGGAAACGUUUCUUCAGUGGAAGGAAGAGAUGUGGUCGCACGCAGUGAAGGCAAUGGAGUUGGAGGAGCGUGUUGCCGUCUUUGAGCCUUCAUACGAAAUCUUGGAGGUGCAGACUGAAGACGAGAGGUCGGACAAGCCCUCUAGUCUCCCCAAGCACCACAGCCCGGGCCCGAUCGGAGCUACUUGUGUUCCCAUUCACGCCUCACGCAGCCUGGUAUCUACCGAAGAUAGAAACUGUGUCCACGUGGAAUUGGACAUUUCAGGUUCUGGCCUCUGCUAUGAGACGGGGGAUCACCUCGGGGUCUGGCCUACAAAUCCGCGGGCCGAAGUUGAGCGCUUCUUGCAAAAGUUUGGGCUGUGGGACAAGCGAAAGAGGACCAUAUCUAUCCACAGAAAAGAGGGUGACUGCUCAUCCCAAUCGCCAUUACCGCCUACUGUUUCUGUGGAGGAUCUUGCUCUUCGCUAUCUAGACAUAUGCGGGCCUGUCUCCCGUCAGUCACUGUCCAUCAUGGCUGACUUUGUGACCGAUGAGACCCAGCGCACUACCCUCAAGGGACUUGGAGCAGACAAGAGCCAUUUCUUGAAGCUGACAGAAGGCAAGUACUUCAAUACGGCGCUGCUCCUGGAGCAUCUUUUCCCCGACGAUGAGGCUGUGACGGUGCCACUUGCAAUCCUGCUCGAGUGUGUGCCCAAGCUUCAACCCAGGUUCUACUCGAUAUCCUCUUCCGCCAUCGCAGACAGGCAAAGGCCGACCAUCACGGCCUCGGCGCAGUCGCUUCCCGUGCCGGAAACAUCACGCCGUUUCUUGGGCGUGGCAUCCAACUUUAUUCUAGACUCUAGCCGUACCAGAGAGUCCAUCUUGCCAGUCUUCGUCCGCACUUCGAGCUUCAGGUUACCAGGGGAUCUGUCUACCCCUGUGUUGAUGAUUGGCCCUGGCACAGGUGUCGCACCGUUUCGUGGAUUCAUCAGAGAAAGAGUACAGCAGAAACGGAAAGGUCAGGAAAUCGGAACCCUUACGCUGCUUUACAGCUGUCGCAGAGAAGAUGAGGACUUUUUAUACAAGGACGAGUGGAGUGCAUACCAGGAUGAACUUGGCGACAAGUUCCAAAUGCACGUGGCAUUUUCUCGACAGACAGAGAAAAAGGUCUAUGUCCAGGACAUCCUGAUGGGAAAAUGGGAGGAGGUGAUGCGCAUCAUUCGCAACAACGGAGCCGUAUACGUAUGUGGCGAUGUGCGCAUGGGUAAGGGCGUGUAUUCCACCCUCCGCGACAUACUGGUAAUGGCAGAGGGGAUCUCUCAAGAUGAAGCCGAGGACAGACUGCGAGAUAUGAAGCAGUCCCGUUUCUAU